AUGGCACGUGGCAGCGGGGAGGGCGGCGACGGCCAUGCCGCGUCGGUGGGGGGCUUGCUGGGGCUGCUGCAGGGCGGCGGGCUGGUGUUCCCCGACGCGCGCGGAGCGGCGUCGGCGGCGAUGAAGCACGGCGAGGAAAAGCGUGCGUACCAGGAAAGACGAGAUCGAUUACUCCUUCUGCGAGAGCAGAAAGAGUACCAACGGAUGAUUGACAACAUUCAAAGGGCACCGCGAGAGACCGUUCGGGAUAUCCAGGCGUCGUUCAAGUUUCAGGUUGGCAUGGGGGCCAACAUGGUGGUGGCGGUGUUCACCACGUUUAUUAUCAGCUAUUGGGCCAGCAAAUUCAUCGUCGGGGACAACAAAUCGCACCGACUAGUAAUCGGGCUCGUGGGCGCCAUGUUCAUCAUGCUGGUGGAGUUGCUGGUGUUUGUGACGCGAUCUCUCAAGGCCGACGAAGUAUUGGAGGACGCACGACGGGUACGAGGUGUAUGA